GUAUCCACUGGUAACUCGGUAGUUUACACCAUGUCGGAAACCUGUGUGCUAUCCUCUCGUACAAUGUGAUAUGUCAACCCUUUAAAUCAAUGAUAAACUUCAAGUGAAGAAAGCGGUGGUGUAUUUAUACUCAAAAUGACUGAGGUAGUAUCUAAUGGGCCAGUUCUGGCUGACUCUACAUUUAGGACAAGGCCUAAUUUUUCUAGUUAUUUGUAUGUGGACGCUAAUGCAGGUGGAAAUUCUGUGCAGCAAAUAGAAACCCAUCGUAGGGCUCGGCACAUGAAAUUCCCUACAUUGACAGGUAGGGGCGAUGUUGAUUCUUUCACGACAAGUAUGAAAACUGACAUUGGCUACAAAAAAUGGAACGAUGAGGGAGAUUUCAGGUCUAGUGCUCCCUACCGAGACUAUGAUAAUAUUGUGGAUCCUGUGUCGGGAUUUGUCAGUGCUGGUGGGGAUGUGGAUAGGAACACCGGGCGUAAAAAGAUAAACUCUCUGGUACAGUUGAACGAAACUCCACAGGCUGUACCCCCUCAGGGAAAAAAUUCAGAUCGGAAGAAGGAAGUGAAGGCUCCACCAGAGCUGAGGCGGUCAAACACAUACGAGCCUGGAGCCCCCUCUAUGUGGAACAGUCGAAGUGUGUCUGACAUCUGGAUUAGGUCACAGCUUGGAGGCUGGACCAGUGAUUACGACCCCAGGCAACCUGCCCCAGAAAUGAGCAAAUGGAGGUCAAAGUCUGCCUUUGUACCCAAGCCUCCGUCAGAACAGAGUCGUGAUGGACGGGACCAUCUGGCCAUGAAGUACAAGUAUGGCACCUCCACACAGAAGUCAUUUGAGGAGGUACCGUGGGACAACAUGCUUCAUCCCAAGCAAUGGGCACCUGUGUCAACCAUUGAGGAAAGGCCAGAUAUGAUAUCACAAAACUACACGCUCAAACGUUACGACCCGGCAGCUCAGGAAUGGCAGAGUACAGGACGUUCCUGGGACUGGUUCCAGAAAAGACAAGGCUAUUACAAGAAUCAACCAGUGGCCUUCUGCAGUUCAAACCCCCGCGCUCAACAGAUUCCUAGUUAUGGUGGCUCAAUAGGAGCAGAAAACCUAGAUGAAAUAGACAAUGCUCAAGAACCAUUUGACCCCUACACUGUGAAGAGGGUCCUCAUUCCCCGAUACAGUGAAACAGGACACCGACCUAACAUUCCCGGAUACAAAGGUUGUACACUAUGGAGGGGGGUGUAUGCCCAAGCUCAUCAAGGUUCCCAGGCUACCACUGCCAUCACCCACAAAUCUUUACCUAUCUCCCCGAAUACGUCUGAACAUAAGAAGGACUCCAAGAUGUCUAAGAUGGUCACCACUGUUCCACCAUGUAAUCCGUUCAACCAGAUCAACAAACUGGAUGAGAUCAUCGCCACUAACAAAUCUGUGGCAUAGACUUAAUAUAGAUUUAUAUUCCUUCCAAGUAUUGCGCCCUACUAUGUGACAGAAUUUGAUAUUUUCCCCCACGAUGGCUCUAGUUCUGAAUGCAAUUCGAAGAACAUUCGUUUUCCAAUCUUAAGAUAUUAUACCGGUUAAAACUUUAAAUGUGGAAUGUGAACCCUUGCAAAUAGAGCAAUUAGUAUGCUAACGUGACAUAUCGUUUUACAUGUUAACUCUAGGGAGGAACAUCAAAAUGUACACUAAUCUAUCAAUCAAUGAAUGCAUUCAUUGAUAUUGAAAUCAAAAUUGUUUUCGACAUAUGUUUUUCUAUCCAAAUUUCUUAGCUUCUAAUCAUGUUUUCUAUGUCUUGUUAGGUGGAAUGAUGACAGUUUAUCUACUUGUUACCCAUAGGUUAUGAUUCUGAAUACUAACGUGGUAGCUGGGUGUUUUUUACCUGUGGUCAAUUUUGUCCUGGGCCUAAGAUAACUUCGGGAGGUUUAACUAAUGUCCAUGCUUUUUACAAUGUAAGGUUGUGCCCAUGUCAGUGCAAUGUUAUCACUGAUCUGAAACAGUAUUAUUAUUGAUUUGGGUAAUGUUUUAAUUACUGUUAUCAUAUUUUUGUUAAUGUAUUAAGUCUGCUUACCGUCUGUAUUACAUUGAGCUGUAAGAAAUAGAAUCUUAGUUCAACACGAGCUGGCCUAAACCGUCCGUUUUACCUUUUGACUGACACUGAUGGUGACCUUUUACGGUAAACAUAUCCUACCUGAACCGUUGGGGCAGCAUAUAUACAAAAGCUUUGAUAGGAUAGAGUAUGGAAGAUAAAGUGUUCUGAUAAACAAUAUUUUGCCAGGACACUGCUAAGGACAGUAGUCUAUAAAAUGUUUUUGUAAAGACUAGAUUAUAUGUUGUAAUAAGCACAGGUGCUGUAUCCACAACGUUAUUAUCGUGCUGUUAGUAUUGCUCAUCCGGCUGUGAUACAUAUUUACAAUUGGAACGUUUCUAUAUUCCUUACUUUUCUAUUUUGUUUUCUCAUGUCUCUUUACACAUGAAUAUUGAUAUGCUUUUGGACUUUUUCAUAUUAUAUAAUCAACUUUUAUCUUCAUUUUGUCACCAAGUCAGGAUUGAUUGCACGAAGUCUAAAUAUAUAUAUAUCUAUACCUGAGUGAAACUGGUCAGAAUUUCUACCUGGCAGAAAUUAAUUGAUUUAUUUUCAUAUAAAAAAAAAAAGUGCGUCUAUCAACUUGUUCUCCUUUUUGAUGUUCAAAUAAACUUAUUUUUCUUUCUA